AUGGCGCCGGCGGAAGGGGCGGAGUACCACUGGGUGAUGAUGGCAGCGUCGAGGCUGGAGCUGAACCUGGUGCGGCUGCUGUGCCGCUGCGAGGCGAUGGCAGCGGAGAAACGGGACCCGGACGAGUGGCGUCUAGAAAAGUAUGUGGGAGCUCUCGAGGACAUGCUGCAGGCCCUGAAAGCACAGGCGAGCAAACCGGCUUCCGAGCUGCUCAAUGAAUAUUCUCGGAAGGUAGAUUUUCUGAAAGGGAUGCUGCAGGCAGAGAAACUGACCUCCUCCUCAGAGAAGGCACUAGCCAACCAGUUCCUGGCCCCUGGCCGAGUACCAACUACAGCCAGGGAACGGGUACCUGCUACAAAGACAGUGCACCUACAGUCACGGGCUCGGUACACCAGUGAGAUGCGGAGUGAGCUGCUAGGCAUGCAAACCAAUUCUUCCUUGUUGCCUGCUUGGCUUGUUUUGCUUUCAGAGCCCGAACUGGAUGUGAGGAAGAGAACUGGGGUAUCAGGGCCCACUCCAAGGGAUGAGAAGCAGUCAGCAGCCGAGCUAGACCUCGUCCUGCAGCGACACCAGAACCUCCAGGAGAAGCUGGCAGAGGAGAUGCUCGGCCUGGCCCGGAGCCUCAAGACCAACACACUGGCUGCCCAGAGUGUCAUCAAGAAGGACAACCAGACCCUGUCACACUCACUCAAGAUGGCCGACCAGAACCUGGAAAAGCUGAAGACAGAAUCCGAGCGGCUGGAGCAGCACACGCAGAAGUCCGUCAACUGGCUGCUCUGGGCCAUGCUUAUCGUCGUCUGCUUCAUCUUCAUCAGCAUGAUCCUCUUCAUCCGUAUCAUGCCCAAACUCAAAUAA